AUGGCGGCACAGGUAGCCCUAAAACGCCAACAAGCCGCUGAAGACGCAAUCGCUCUGCAUCUGGUAUCAGCUGAAAGCGGCCGUACCUACGACUAUUUACCCCCGGGUCGUAUAUACGGCAUGCAAGUGACGUCACCGAAACCUGACUCGCCAGGAAGUACCACAGAGCCCCAAGUGACACCUCAAGAAACUAUGGAGGAAAUCCUGGUGAGUCCGGCCUCUCUGGAGAUGUUGGGAAAGUUAUUCCCCAACAAAAAACGUUCGGUUCUGGAGUUAGUGCUAAAAAGAUGCAACCACGACCUUCUUAAAGCCAUUGAACACUUCAACCUUGCUCCAAACAAAUCCGAGAACGACUCGGACGCAAGCGCAACCAAAGAAGAACCUACUAGCAGUUCUGCGUUUAAACCUGUUGGUUCUACGUCAAGUAAGCUGCUUUCAAAGCCGCUACCUUCUCCGCAUGUCGGCAGUUCUUCGUUUAUUUCCAGCAGUAAGGUUUUCAUGCACAGGUUUUAUCCCUUUUUACCGUUGUUUAAUCCGCAACCCCUCGGGUGUCAGCCUGUUUUGCCGAACCCCGUAUACGUGCCUGGGUUUUGCGAGUGCGAGCAGUGUAAUAGCUAUUUAAAUAGUAAGAUUUAA